ACGCGAGUCCUCGCCUGCCGCCACCACUGCAGAGAAUGGAGGCGGCAAGAAGAAGCAGAAAGAGAGGGAGCUGGAUGAGCUGAAAAAGGAGGUGGCCAUGGACGACCACAAGCUGUCCUUGGAUGAGCUGGGCCGCAAAUACCAAGUGGACCUGUCCAAGGGCCUCACCAACCAGCGGGCCCAGGACAUUCUGGCUCGGGACGGGCCCAACGCCCUCACCCCGCCCCCAACAACCCCCGAGUGGGUCAAGUUCUGUCGCCAGCUUUUCGGGGGCUUCUCCAUCCUUCUGUGGAUCGGGGCCAUCCUCUGCUUCCUGGCCUAUGGCAUCCAGGCUGCCAUGGAAGAUGAACCAUCCAACGACAAUCUCUAUCUGGGCGUGGUGCUGGCAGCCGUGGUCAUCGUCACGGGCUGCUUCUCCUACUACCAAGAGGCCAAGAGCUCCAAGAUCAUGGACUCCUUCAAGAACAUGGUUCCGCAGCAAGCCCUCGUCGUGCGGGAGGGUGAGAAGAUGCAGAUCAACGCGGAGGAAGUGGUGGUGGGAGACCUGGUGGAGGUGAAGGGUGGAGACCGCGUGCCCGCUGACCUCCGGAUCAUCUCUUCUCAUGGCUGUAAGGUGGACAACUCAUCCCUAACUGGGGAGUCAGAGCCCCAGACCCGCUCCCCUGAGUUUACCCAUGAGAACCCCCUGGAGACCCGCAAUAUCUGUUUCUUCUCUACCAACUGUGUGGAAGGCACUGCCAGGGGCAUCGUGAUCGCCACAGGUGACCGGACGGUGAUGGGCCGCAUAGCCACUCUGGCCUCGGGCCUGGAGGUGGGGCGGACCCCGAUAGCCAUGGAGAUUGAACACUUCAUCCAGCUGAUCACAGGGGUGGCUGUGUUUCUGGGCAUCUCCUUCUUCGUGCUGUCCCUCAUCCUGGGCUACAGCUGGCUGGAGGCAGUCAUCUUCCUCAUCGGCAUCAUCGUGGCCAACGUGCCCGAGGGGCUGCUGGCCACCGUCACGGUGUGUCUGACCCUGACAGCCAAGCGCAUGGCAAGGAAGAACUGCCUGGUGAAGAACCUGGAGGCGGUGGAGACGCUGGGCUCCACCUCCACCAUCUGCUCUGACAAGACGGGCACCCUCACCCAGAACCGUAUGACCGUCGCCCAUAUGUGGUUUGACAACCAGAUCCAUGAGGCUGACACCACCGAAGACCAGUCUGGGGCCACAUUUGACAAGCGAUCCGCGACGUGGACGGCCCUGUCUCGGAUUGCUGGCCUCUGCAACCGAGCCGUCUUCAAGGGUGGGCAGGAGAACAUCUCUGUGUCUAAGCGGGACACAGCUGGCGACGCCUCUGAGUCAGCUCUGCUCAAGUGCAUUGAGCUGUCCUGCGGCUCUGUGAGGAAGAUGAGGGACAGGAACCCCAAGGUGGCGGAGAUUCCUUUCAACUCCACCAACAAGUACCAGCUGUCCAUCCACGAGCGAGAAGACAGCCCCCAGAGCCACGUGCUGGUGAUGAAGGGGGCCCCCGAGCGCAUCCUGGACCGGUGCUCCUCCAUCCUGGUGCAGGGCAAGGAGAUCCCGCUGGACAAGGAGAUGCAAGAUGCCUUUCAGAACGCCUACAUGGAGCUGGGAGGACUGGGGGAGCGAGUGCUAGGGUUCUGUCAACUGAAUCUGCCCUCUGGGAAGUUUCCUCGUGGCUUCAAAUUCGACACAGAGGAACUGAACUUCCCCACCGAGAAGCUCUGCUUCGUGGGGCUCAUGUCCAUGAUCGACCCUCCGCGGGCGGCUGUGCCUGACGCUGUGGGCAAGUGUCGGAGCGCAGGCAUCAAG